UGGCAGAUAUUUCCUCACCAGUGCGGUUAGUAAAUGGUAUGAACAGCUAUGAGGGAAGAGUUGAAGUUUUCCAUGAUGGUCAGUGGGGAUCAGUCUGUGAUGAUAAUUUUGGGGUGCAAGAAGCUCGGAUUGUCUGUCACAGUUUAGGCCUCCAGAGUUUUAAUGCGAUGUCAUAUCAAAGUGCUCAUUUUGGAGAAGAUGCAGGACCGAUAUGGCUUGACGAUGUUGAUUGUACAGGGAAUGAGGACGUUUUGGACCAGUGCUCGUUUCGUCGCUGGGGUAAACACAACUGUGGACAUAGCGAGGAUGUGGGAGUUAGCUGUCAAU